UUUAAUUUUGAGUACACUUUAACAUGAGUUUCUCGAAGAGGGGUCACAUAGAAUUCCAUCAACUAUCAAGAACUAUCUGACAGGUAUCGCAUUUGACGUUCUAUCGAUAAGUUGAUACUUGGCUAACAUUCAGAAACUAACUUUAAAAAUCCGCAAGGGUACCUAACGUACAUAUCACAGGAGCUGGUGGACUUCUCUUAUAUGUUACUUCUUUUGAAAAAGUGUUCAAGUAACAUGUUUUUCAAAUAAGCAGUCAAGCUAGCUAACGUUAACUAGUUCUGACUCCCGACUUGGUGCCUAUGCUGGAGGUGUAGACUGACGAUACAUUCGUAUUGAAGAAAUGUUAGCUGAUUUGAUUAGCUACGUGUAAAAUAAUAUCUAAAAAACUAUCGAUAAGACAAUUAACCGAGUUGCCUAUUCACACUCACUCCAUUAGCUUGUUCGGUACCUUUGCUUGUUUAAUAUGGAAUGGCACAUAUCAGCUAGUUCACUGGAAUGGCACAUUAUUGCACAUCUUUCAAGUUUUUUUAUUGUUCUUGCGUUACGUUGGUGCAGCAAGUCUAGCCGAAAAAACACAGCGUAAGUCAGCUAGCUACAAUUUUCACCGCAGUUUUUUAUAAAUUGAUUUUAUCCAGUUGCAAUAGACACGCUAGAUUAACUUUAGCUAGCUAACUUAAGAGCUCCGAAUACUCUAGGAACGUCAACAUGUUGUUUUUGGCAAGAAGUUAGUCAGGAAAAUGGCGAGCAUUGUUGGGCUGAAUGGCCUGUUCUCGUCAUUAGGUUAUGUCAAAGAACAGUAGACUCACUGAAACUCAGGCGAGGAAAGAUUUCAUUGUUUUAAGUCCUCAACAAAUCCCAUUCAAUUAAUUUAUGCAAAUGCAUGCAUAACAUUCCGUGGAAAUGAAUCCAAAUUAUAUUGAGGCCACCAUUAACAUUGUAAACGAACAAUAGCCUUGCUUGAUUAAUAAGAAGAAAAUGUAAACUGAAUUUUUUAAAGCUCAGAUCAAAUACAGGAUGAAUCUAUUCCUAACUGUGUGCACAGUUUGGCAUCCGCCAUUUUGUAGACUUUUGAAUUUGAAAGAAAGAUAAGAGAAAAUACACUGAAACAUAAAACUCAGUAUACACUGCAAGAUGGUGCUAGUUUGAAUGCUCAGUACAUUAUCAGAAUGUUGCAUCAGUUGCCCCAAUGCAUGGAAACUCAUAUUUGUUCGAAAUCAUUGCUGCAUCAUCUGAAAUUAUUAUUGAGAAUUCCCAAUUGAGAGAAAAGGAAAAAUGGGAAUGAAAUGCUGUCAGCCUAAAUAAAAACAAGGUAAGCUUUUCAAAGUUGUAGUUGUGGGUAACCAUGCACCACUGCAGUAAGUACACCAAAGUUUAUUUGGGUUUACUUACUGCAGUGGUGCAUGAUGAGAUUUUUUUUAUUAACAGCAGAAGUGACAUCACUGUUCUUCAAAAACUUAUGAUGCUUUGAGUAUUUUUUUUACUAGUGAGCUACUUAGUUGAUACCAGAUAUCUUGCAUAGAAUUUUCAGGGGCAGUGUUAUCUAUAAAAAUGUCAAAAUUAGGGAUGGCACUGAUUGAUCGGCCAUCGGUCAUAAUACUGCAAUUGGCCAUCGGCCGAUAGUUUGAAAACAACCGAUGGUCAGCUCAGAUUAUGUUCUGUCAAUCAAAAUGAAACAAUAGUAAAUUGUUUAUUAUUCAAGAGGUGGUUUUCAUUUGCCUGUCAGAUACAAAAUAAUUGCGCUUCGUUUUCCAUGUUCAGUGUUUCCCACGUGAUCACUAACGUGAUUGGUGUAUUGUUUUGGGUGCACCAACAUUUGAUUGGCUUGGGGCAUUUGAGCAGUCAAUAAAACAUAGAUAGAUAAACCAUUGAUGUCUGCUUUUAACAUGACACCUAUUGACCAAUUAUAACCAAAAUGUACACUCCUUGGAGACUCUUCCGGAUAUUUGCAGUGCUGUGAAUACGUUUUUGCCCCCUUCCUGAUUUCCUCUUACAUAUUUGUCACACUGAAUGGUUUCAGAUCUCUAGACAUGUAAUGUAAUAUUAGACAGAGGGAAUUUGAGUAAAUACAAAACACAUUUUUAAAUUAUUUAUUUAAUGAAAAAAUUCAUCAAACACCAAUGUAAAAAAGUAAUUGCCCCCUUAAACUUAACUGUUUGCACCACCUUUAGUAUCUCUUCUGGAAUUUCCUUUGAUCGUGGGUUAGUGUGCUUGUAGAAACAUUGUGUUAAUGUCUGCAUUCUGAUGAUAAGGUUAUGAGUGAGGUUUAGAUAGGGCUAAACCUCAGAUUUAAUAGGGCUGGCUGCAAUUAAGCCUGUUUGUGUUCAGUCUGCUAAAUCAAAUGAUCAAUUAAAUUUGGUUAACCCCUUCAUGCAAGCUCCCUAGUGGCCAGGAUGCCUGUGUCCUGAGAUUGCUCAACUCAGUUAUUCUGCGCUCCUGCAACAAAACAAUGAGUGAAAACAACAAAGUCUGUGUUAUAGCUUUAUUAGGAGACUACACACGACAAAAGUUGCCAAAUACGCAGUUUCUAAGUGUCUCCAUUGUUACAUAGGUUGUCCGUUUAUCAAGCACCCCCUCCCUGCAGUCUCAUCUGCAGCUAUAUCCCCCAUGAAUGACAUGCUGGACAAUAGCAUCUAUCUGGAAGUUCAUAAAAAUAUUCUUUUCACUACCAAAAAUGUAUGUUCCAUCAUAGCAACAAGAUGAAGGCAACAAUAGCCCAAAGGUAUGCCAAUAAAUUUGGUGAAAAAUGCUGCUCACUGAAUAGGGAAAUAAGUGAAGUAAUUAGGCCUAUAAGUAAUUGUAUACCACCUCAUUCUAUCAAUGACAACUACUAAAUAUGGUAGAAAUACACAAUUCUACCUUUGGUUUUAAACAUCCUUUUUAAGAUUCAGUGGUUUCAAGAUUAAUUUAUUGUCUUGGCCAAUCCACUUAUAAUCUCUCAUUUGCAAUGCCUGUAUACCUUCUCAGAUAGCUAUGCGGAAAACCACACAUGCUGUUUACGCUGUUGUGGCCCUUUCCAGUUCAUUCCGGUUUGAUCGACAAUUCUUUUAUCCAGUAGAGGACAGUAAGCUUUCCAACAAUGUAUGACGUGUGUCCAAGGAUGUAUGAUGUGUCUAACUUGAUGUCUAGAACUGCGCAACAGUCUGGUCGCAUCUUCACCACUUUACACAUUCAGCCACACUGUUAGCAGAAAUACGUAAAGACAUGCACCAGGUGAGGCGUAAUUAAUGUUUUUAUUUUUCUAAAUUUUUGGGAAAUAUUAUUAAUCUUGAGACGUUCUCAGCAUGGCUUAGGCAUAUCCUCGUCUAGUUGAUAUGGAUAUGGGCAAUGAGUUGGAAGAGAAGAGCAAGGGAGGCUACUCUGAGCCCGACAGCAUUGAUUAUCUUGAGGAGGAUACGUACGAACAUGGCGAAGAUGUCCUUCUUGAUAUGAAUGGAAGAAUAAUAACGAGUGCCUGCCAAUCAUCGUCACUGAGCCAAUUAUAUCCACUCUCUUGGCUGCUGUUCCACCAGAAGUUUUGAAUAUCUACGUUCCAUGUGAAUCCAUCUUGGUCCUCAGUAAUGGAUGAAGAGCAAGACUACUCAUUCACAGGAAACACAGAGCACAGUGUGCUUGAUAUUGGCGAAGAUCUGAGAGAUGACAACUUCUUUAAACUUGUUCAAGACUUCUUGGGAUCACAGUCUGGAGAAAGAUUUUGCUUUGAUACACCACCCUGCAAGAACCGAUUGCUGAUUCAAGUGGGACUUAUUAGAGAGGAUAACAAAGUGUCUUGGGGAAAAAUUGUGAAAUGGCUUCAGAGUAUUUUCCCUAUGCAUCAUUCAACUGAUUUUUGUAGUUUGAUUCAAAGGAGUAUUGCAACAGCUUUGAGUUUGAGUGGAGAUGCAAGAGAAAAUUUCCUUGAUUCAUACGUGAACUUUGAAUAUGUUGGUCCAAUUUGUGAUACCUUUGGAAUUGGAAGAACAGAUCUGUUAGAAAUGUCAGACUUCUCUGAUCAGGCAAAAUGCUGUGAAGUCACGAAUGGCCUGAUAUUGGAACUUAGCAAUUUUAUCUCUAGGGAAGAAAUGGACGUAACAGCAUUGGUGUCAUGGUUGAGGAAUUUCAACCCUCAGUUUUGUAGCGAUGGAAAAAUUCAGAAGGCUAGCAAAGUCCUUCAAACAAAACUCAAGAAAUUAAAAUUUGACUAUCGAAUGUAUCAGAGGAGCAGGUCUCGGAAAAAUGGUAUGAUGGAAAAGUUUCUUCAAGCUAAAUUUGAAUUGGUUCCCAAAGUGCUACAUGUUAAAACCAGGAAGCCACAUCGUUUAAAUCGAAUGAAGAAACGUUUUCUCUCAAAAUGCCAUCACGGUGAGAAACUGACAAAACAAUUUCACAAAGAUAAUGAUGUCUUGGUGGCUACAUCAAAACAAAUUCCGGAUUCCCUUCCUCAAGGUAAUGGUGGGGGAAAACUGAAGGCCAAGUCAGAAGUGAAUGAAAAAAAAAAUGUUUAUAGGUUCGCUGCAAAAUCUGAACGUGUCUCUGCUGUUCAGUCCAAAGAAACAAACAACUUACUUAAGAUAAAGAAAGAAUGUGACUCUUCAACAAAAGAACAUUCAUUAGAAACAAGAGAAUUGACUAUAUGCUCAGUAGGAAGUCCAGAUGCAGCUAAAGCUGAGGCUUUAACAUUACUUGAUGUUUCCAUGCUUUCACUUCAAAAGCUGUCCAGUGUCUAUGGUGAAAAAACAGAAGAAUCCAAACAAGUUUCCAAAGAUCUCCUCCAAAAAACUUUUCUUUUAAUGUUGAAUGAAGAUCCUGUCAUGAAAGAGUUCAGUGAGAAGGUCAAGAAGUUUCAAAAAGUGACAUCGCCAUUACAUUUUCUUGACUGCAAUGCACAUUUUCUUCAUGAGAUAAGUGAUGCAGUAGAACAGCAGAUACUUGCUUUUGAAAGGGAGAUCAUUUUGUCAACUGGAGAAAAACUAGGACGUGACAAGAAUCCUAAAUUCUCCAGCUUUGUUAACUUCACAGAGAGUGCAGCUUCACGUUAUAUCCGAAUGGCCAGUGAUGUUUUGAGCCCUCGAGGUGAAACCAAGCACAGCUGUAGAAAACAGUGGCUUCAUUUUUGUCGAGCAACAGAAAAGCCUUCUAGAUUAGCUGUUAGUCAAUCCAAUCGCUUCAACAAUUAUUUUGAAGGGGCUGCAGGUCUUGUUCAUCAUCAUACUGACAUCGUUAAUUUUUUUUCAGAUUCCGUGUUAUCCAACACCUCUGACCAACUGAAUGUCAUUCAGGAAAGUGUCAGAGAUGAUGCCAGUGAUCAGGUUAUCCAGGCCCUUGUUUGUGUUCUUGCCAUUAUCUACUGUAAAAUUCUGGGACCCUAUUGGCAGCUUUUAAAGAGCAGUGCAGAGUAUGUGUACUUUCACAGAUAUGUACACUGCCUUUAUCAAAGCCUUGUGCAGUGGUCUGAGGAUUCUUCACUACUCCUUUUGCCAGAAUACUCUGAGAACAAUAUGUUCCAUCAGUUUUCCCUCCAAGAGAAGUAUUUUGAUGGGGUGUUUUCAUACUGUCGACCAAAUUCUAAAAAUCAAUAUGCUGCCCUAAUCAGGAAGUGCCUAGAGAAAAUCAUGAAAACAAUCACAACAGUGACUGAAGCAAAUCUGAAGGAUUUCUUACCGGGUGGUGUUUACUGCCAAGAUCCUGCACCAGAGAUAUCAGCUAAACUGAGAAACUGCCAGUUGUCUCAUUUGAUGGGGGAGUAUGCUUAUGGUCAUGCGUACAAGUACAAGUCCAAAAAGCUGGACAGUUCAGCUGCUGCUCCAAUGACCAAUUCUCUUGAUGCUUCUAAAGAUGGUCCUACAAUUCUGCAGAGUAACAGCUUUGCCACUGUGUUGGACCAUAGUGCUACCAACACUGUGCAGAUUUCAAAUGAGGUGACUACCACUCCUUCAGAAAUGGUGCCUCAUUGUCAAGGCAAAAUUCCAGAAAGCAGGGUGGUUAAGUAUUUACAUAUGCCAAGAGAGGACGUGGAUCCAAAGGGGGAAAAAAAACUUCCCCAGGACAUUACAACAAAGAAUUCAGUCCUUGUUGCAGUUGCUAAAAAUGGAGGACCAUGUACAAACAAGCAAGAUGUUGACCACUUAUUGGCCAGACUGGAUGGUGCUAGUCAUGCUCAGAAGCGGGAAGCAAUUCGAUGUGAAAUCAGUUACCAGAAAGUCAUUCUCGGUUCGAGAGACAAGAACCUGAAUCAAAUUGGCUUCUCUCUAGCAGACAUGGUUACCAAACUGAAAAUGGUAUUACCAGAUAAUGGUGAUGCAGGUAUACGCACAAUGACUGAGAGAUCAGUGUGUAAUAAGGAGGAUGAAAUGAGUCAUAGCCCGCACCAGUACGCACAUGAAACUACAUGCAGUCCAGAAGCUAAAUCUUUUAUCAACAGAGGCAUUAAUUUGGGAAAGAGCAGAAUGCACACCUACAAAAAUUACAGGGAGAACUUUGACUUUCAGUAUUCUCCUGUUCACGAUUGAAAUGGCAGAACUAUUUGUGUCUAUUUCAGUCUGUAUUUCUUUUAUAUAGCACAGGGUCUUGAAUAUUUUUGGUAUUAAACUUGAGUGACAUGGUAGGAUGUGCAAAUUAAUUUACAUGUCUGAUUGAAAUGCAACUACUUGAAAGUCCAACUAUUUGGCUUUACUUGGUGCAUUCUAAAUUAGAAAAUUGAAAUUGGAGAAAUUUGAAAGGAAUCUGAAUAUGUAUUGAGACACUUACUAUACAGCUGUGUGGGAAUCUUUAUGUUCAUAGUAUAUAUUUUAUUAUUUGUAAUGCCAGAAAUUCAUAUGUGGUCUGUGAAUGAACAAUAUAUAAAGGUGGUUACUGUUUUUGCUGGAAUGCUAUAAAAAGCUUCAAUUCUGUUGUUACUACUUGGAAAAACACCCAGGUUGGGGCUACAAUUAAAAUGUGGAUCUUGAGGAAGAUUUUUUGUUGAACACACUAAGCAUUUAUAUGUAAUCCGUGUUACAUUAUGCCCUACUAAAAGCUAAAAUCUGCAACUUGUAUAUUUCAUUUUCAGACUUAUUGACUAUCUGCACGUAGCUUUCGCGAACAGUAUUAGUUGCCUGUAAUUCCUUCGUUUUACAGAUUUGAUUUGCAUUUAAACAAGAUUUACUUAGUAAUUUGUACAUCUUUCACAGAAGCAUUGAUCUGUUCACUGAUAUGGGGGAAGAAAAGCACCUUUGAGAUGUCCAUCUCCCAAUGGGGUAAUUCUGUCUUUUUCAUCACGAGACACUUGCGCCCACUUAGUGUCAUGCUUUGUAUGCAAGCUGUGGCAAGUAAGAUACACUACAUGACUGAAAGUAUGGACACCCCCCCCCCCAGUCUGGGGCUGAUUUCAUGGUUUGGGCUAGUUCUCUUAGUUCUAGUGAAAGUAAAUCUUAAUGCAAUGACAUUCUGGAGAAUGUUACUAACCAUCCUACAAUAAAUGGCAUAACAUUGAAUAAGCAUUCAGUUUCCCUUUAAAUGGUAUGAAAGAGGAAUUAUAUUGUAAUUUCUUCGUUCAGGCGUUCUUUUGCAAAUUAUGGCAAAGUUCCCAUUUGAACUUUUCAUUGUGGACUUGAUGUCUGCUGUUUUAAAGUGAACUCAAAAGUGGGGAUUGCGGUGGUGCACCACAUUGUUCUGUAUGUCAUGCUACAUUUAUGCUUCCCUGUAAAUCUGUAAAGAUGGAAUGAAUUUUAAGAUGUUCAUAUUGCAAUAACAACAUUUACGAUCAACAUUAAAAAUCAUUACCAAGUACCUUUUUUUUUCUUUGUAAAUAAGUGAAUAUUAGGAAUCAGUGUUCCAUUUGUUUGCAGCAUUUUAAGUAUUGUAAGAUAUUUUCUUAUGUUUGCCCAGAAAAUAUCUUGUGUAGUCAUUUUUUCAAAGUGUAACAUGAUUGAGAUUAAAAUAUUUUCUAUGUAGACAUGAAUAAAAACAUUCAAUUUUUUA